CAAUGUACAUCAAUUCAAUUCGCGGCUAGUUCCGGAAGCGUGGUUAGUUAAGCGCAGAUUUUGCAAGAGCAAAAUACAGUAAAUUUCUUUGAGACACUUUUUUGAGUAUUGAUAUUUGGAAAAUAACAGUAAAACUCUCUUUUGAGAGAAAGAGGAACCCAAUUUUUUAUUUUUAAACGUUGUGAGAAAACAUUCAGGUGAAAUGGCUGUCGACAUCGACACAGAAGCUGUUGACACAAUUAUGAACGAACAGACACCAACAGAUACAGAUGAUUUUGCACCAAAAUGGAUCGACAGCGACUUCUUAGAGAAACACCUACAGAACUUUUUCGGUGAUAAGCAAAUUACCAUUGUCAAUUUUGAAGUGAAGCCAGCAACAGCCAAAGGAGAAAACUAUGCGAGCUAUCUCUAUCGAGUAAAAGUCACAUAUUCGGAUGAGACACAAACGUGUUCAGGCAGACGAAAUUCGGAUUUCAAGCUUUCAACUCUGAACAUCAUCAUAAAAACUGCAGUUCCUGGCGAAUUUGCUUUUGAGAUGUUGAAUGCAAAUGAUGUUUACAGCAAAGAAAUUGAAUUCUAUAGCAAAAUUGCACCCAAAAUAAAUCAAAAGCUAAAAAAUUUGAACGAAACAGAUCAACUUGUGGCCGAACCGUAUGGAGUUUGUGAUGCAAAUAAUGCGAUUUUGUUCGAGGAUUUGAGUACAAAGGGCUAUGGCAUUGCUUCUGUCCAUCGCGGACUCAAUUUCGAAGAAGCUAAAAUCGUUUUGAAAAAAGCUGCCACAUUACAUGCCAUUCAUGCUGUGCUGCAAGAGGAAGACCCAAACAUUUUUGAAAACUUUAAAUAUGGUUUGAUGAGCCGACAUACGGAUGUAUUCAACAUAUUUUACAUGACUCAGCUGGAUGUGAUGAUGGAAGUUAUUUCAACAUGGCCAGACAGUGAAUAUUACAUGGAAAAAUUGCAACGUCUUCGUAGCAAUAUUAUGGACAAAGGAGCCAAAGCCUUUGAUCCCGAUCCAACUCACUUCAACACAAUGAUUCACGGCGAUAUGUGGGUUAAUAAUCUCAUGAUGAAGCACAUCGAUAAGCUUGGUUUCAGUGAUGAAACUGAAGCGUCAAUUGAAAAUAUAAUUUUCAUCGACUUUCAAUAUUCUUGUUGGACGUCGCCAACCAUUGAUUUGCAUUUCUUUUUCAACGGUUCGCUACAAGAAUCGCUGCGACCAAAUCGUUUCGAUGAUUUAAUCGAGUUCUACCACGGGCAUCUCGUGGAAUAUCUAACACGUUUGGGGUAUAAAAAACAAAUUCCCACUUUGGAAGAGCUCAAUCGACAGUAUCAUGAGAAGGAUUUCUAUGGUUUUAUUGCAGCUUGUUUAAUUCAACCAUUGAUGAUCAACGAAGAAACCGCCGAAGCCGAUGUCGAAGCGUUAAUGAUCGGCGAUGAAAGAUCCAUGAAAUUCAAACGAAUCAUUUAUUCAUCACAAAAGGUUCGAGUCAAUUUACGGAAACUUAUUCCAAUUUACGAUGGCAUGGGCCUUUUCGAUAAAAUGGUUGUAGAAACCAAUAUGAUUGAACAAAUUCCAAAGUGGCUUGACAAAGAAUUUUUAGAAAAACACUUGCGGAAUUACUACGGUCUUGUACAGCUAACUAUUGCCAAUUUCGAAGUGAAACCGGCCACGGCGAAAGGUGACAAUUAUGCCAGUGAUCUGUAUCGAGUUCAUGUCACAUUUUCGGAUGAGGAAUUUAAGCCGUUAAAUGUCAUCGUAAAAACGGCUGUUCCUGGUCGACUUGCAACUGAAAAAUUGUCAAAGAAUAAUUCUUAUGGCAAAGAAAUGGAAUUUUAUAGCAAAAUCGCGCCAAAAAUCAACCAAAAGCUGAAAAAAUUGAACGAAACAGCCCAAUUAGUAGCUGAACCGUAUGGAGUUUGUAAUACGAAUAAUGCGAUUUUGUUUGAGGAUUUGAAAAUCAAAGGCUAUGGCACAGCUUCAGUUCAACGCGGACUAAAUUUUGAAGAAACGAAAAUAGUUCUGAAGAAAACCGCCCUGUUACAUGCAAUCAAUGCUGUGCUGCAGGAGGAAGAACCGAAUAUUUUUGAAAACUUUAAAUACGGUUUAAUGAGUCGAACGACAGAUGCACUCGAUACAUUUUUCUUGACUCAGUUUGAUGUGAUGAUGGAAGUAAUUUCAACAUGGCCAGACAAAGAAUAUUACAUGGAAAAAUUCCAAAGUCUGCGUCGAAACCUUAUGGAAAAGGGGGCCAAAGCCUUCGAUCCUGAUCCGAAUCACUUCAACACGAUGAUUCAUGGCGAUUUGUGGAUUAACAAUCUCAUGAUGAAAUACACGGAUAAGCACGAUUCCAGUAAUGAAACCAAAGUGUCAAUUGAAAAUAUGAUUUUCAUCGACUUCCAAUUCUCCUGUUGGACGUCGCCAGGUAUUGAUUUUCAUUACUUUUUCGAAUCUUCGUUGCAAGAAUCGCUGCGACCAAGCCGAUAUGAUGAUUUAAUUGAAUCAUAUCAAGGAGACCUUGCCGAAUAUCUGGAACGUUUGGGCUAUAAAAAUCAUAUUCCGACUUCGGACGAAAUCAAGCAACAGUAUAGAGAGAAAGCAUUUUAUGGUUUUAUUUCGUCGUGCAUGUAUUAUCCUAUGUUUAUCAAUGAAGAAACCGCCGAAGCAGAUUUCGAGGCGUUCAACAUGGGCGAUGAAAGAUCCAUGAGAGUCAAGAGACUGGUAUAUUCAUCGCCGAAGGCUCGGUCCUAUUUACGAAAAGUCAUUCCGAUGUACGACAGCAUGGGCAUCUUCGAAAAUAGAACCAAUCUCACCAUUUUAAGGGAGGUCAGUCCAAAGACAACUGAUGAAGAUCAUUCGGAAACGGCUGAUCUAAAUGAGACUACCAGAGAGUCUUUUAUCAAAGACGAAGACGUUAUUACUGAUCAAAAUGAAUCUGAAUUAGAAAUUCAGUUGAUGUGGCUAGAUGGUUUGUUUGCAAGCAAAAUAGUGAGUCCAAAUCGAGUGAAAACAAACACAAACAAUCGAUUGAAAGCUUCAGAUCAGAAAAUGACAUCUACAAAUAUAGCCGAGUCUGAAAUUCUAAAGUGGCUAAAUACUGGCUUCAUGCAGGAACAUCUACGCAAACACUACGGGAACAAUGAAGUAAAAGUUCAAAGUUUGAUGGUUGAAUCAGCUACAGCCGCUGGCGAAAACUUUGCCAGUUCCAUUUAUCGGGUCAAAGUGGAUUUUAGCUUGGAUUUUAGCGAUGAGAUAAUGACCCGAAGCCUUAUAGUAAAAGCGGCACUUUCAAGUGGCCACGCCUUCGAAACACUUUCGGCUCACAAUGUCUACGAUAAAGAAAUUGAAUUCUAUGGUGAGAUUGUGCCUCAUAUUCAGCGGUUGUUGAAAAAAUUGAAUGAGCCGACCGAAUUGAUCGCCGAGACGAUCGGCGUAUGUCAGUUGAAUAAAGUGAUGUUAUUUGAAGAUUUGACUCCAAAGGGCUAUGGCAUGGCAUCCAUACAAAAAGGAUUUGAUUUGGCCGAAGCAAAGGCAAUCUUGAACAAAUCGGCGACAUUCCAUGCGAUCUGUGCAGUUUUGCAAGAGGAAAAGCCAAACAUUUUCGUGAACUUCAAAUAUGGUGCAAUGAGUCGUGACAGUGAUGUUUUCCACAAUUUCUACUACGCUCAACUCGAUGUUCUGAUUGAAUUACUUUCGACGUGGCCAGAUUUUGAUCGAUACACGGAAAAGUUGCGUCGUCUUCGAAAUGAUGUAGUUGAAAGAGGCUUGAAAGUGUUUGAUCCUAAUCCAAAUCACUUCAACACAUUGAACCAUGGGGAUUUUUGGCUGAAUAAUGUUAUGAUAAAACCAACGGAAGGAGGAAAUGAUGCGCCAUUUGAAAAUGUGAUGUUUAUUGAUUUCCAGGAUUCGUGUUGGGCAUCGCCAGCCGUUGACUUACAUUAUUUCUUGAACACAUCGCUUUGUGAAGCGCUUCGUCCACACUCGUUUAAUGAACUGAUUCAGUUUUAUCACGAACAACUAUCGACUAAUUUGAUUCGAUUGGAGUACAAAAAACGCAUUCCAACAAGCGACGAGUUUUUCAAACAAUUCAAUGAGAGAUAUUUUUACGGUUUCAUCGUCGCAUGCACCAUUCAGCCAUUCAUGAUCAAUGAAUGCACUGAAGAUGCAGACCUUGAGGCAAUGGUGUUAAUCGACGAGCGAUCAAUGAGAUACAGAAGAAAUAUGUAUAAGCAGCCAAAAGUUUACGAAAUUUUACGCAAACUCAUUCCAUUUUACGAUCAACUAGGCAUCUUUGAUUGAAGAGACGGAUGAAAUGAAAUAAAAUUCAAUGAAGUGUCAUUCUUGCUGCGGUUUUUAUCAGAAAUGAAUGGAAUUCGUGUUUAAAUGAUGUUAUUUUGGGAUGUUUAUUGGUGAAUAAAUUUAAUUUGUGUUCAGCAAAAAAGCAAAGCAACACUUUUUUUUGUUCAUGUAACCGAAAAAUUCAUUACAAUUAAUAAUUUUCUAAUGAAGUCGUAGUUCAAUGAAUAAAUGAAUGUCGAAUAAAAAUUGAUCCGAAAAUGACAAAAAACGAUGUAUUAAAUUUUUUUUUCGGUUGCUGUUAGUUUUAUAGGUGUGAACAAUUUUGUCGGAUCGUUGAAUGGAACAUCAUAUUAAAGAGAGUCGGAGAAAUGUGCGAUACCUAAGAUACGUAAGUUCGUUGGCCCUACAUUCGACUACAUUAGCAUACCUGUGAACGAACCAUAAAUGAAUCUAAUACACAUUUGAUGCAGUGCUUCGACAACGUCGUUUGUUAAUUGCUUUGUUGUCCUUCUGUUAUGUGUCGCAUUCAAAAGAAAGCAUCGAAAAAGAAAGAGAAAUAUAUUUUCUCCCCUUUCCUCUUUAUGCAUUAACAUUCAACAUUGUUUGUUCUCCUAUGUUUAUCGCUUGGUCACGAACUGUAAGGCAAAUGCAAAAUGUAUUUGUGUUUCAUUGUAGCUCGCUUCUGUAUGAGUGUGGAGCGCGAAACAUGAGCCGACCAAUGUAAGUGUGUGCGUUGCAAUAUACACCUUGACAUAACGACGUCUGGUUCACUGUCACAUUUUCCAUACUACACACUCUGAACAGCUGAGACGUCAAAAAGAACGCUCUUUUAUUUUAUAUUUCUAUUUCUUUUUUUUUGAUUAAGUAACGUGCAAAUUUUGUUAACUAAUUAAGAUUUUUCAUUGACGGAAGCAAUUGAUUUGUAUAAAUUGCAAACAAAAAAAACGAAUUUAAUGUGAUCAGAAAAAAGUGAAAUCACACACAAAAACUUCAACAAAGAAUAACAAGAAAAAAAUAAUUGAUAAAAAUUGAAUGUGUAAAUCGUGUUAUUGGUUCUGUAUGUGAAGGUCGUUAAAAUGGAGCCGACAACACGAGAUUGGAUGGAUUUGAUCACGGAAAUGAUUUGGGUCAUCGAACGAGAAACCAAAUUCACACUGAGAGGCAUUCAUGAAGACUUCAAACAAACGGGACUGUCGUUCGAUGCGGAAUUUCGCAAUCAUUUCUUGCAAUUUAUUGUAACACGCGUCGCCAAGACAUACGACCAAUUCCAAAUAAGAUUGGAAUUCGAGGAGCUGGAAAAUCGGUACGAUUCUGGUGCAAUGGACAGUGAUGGCUCAUUCGUAGAAUGGAAACAGUCCACUGGGUACAAUCGUCAAAAUCACACACCGGAAAGACCGAGUGUAGCACAAAAGCGGAAAAAACCAGACGAACUUGAUGCCAGCAAUCGCACGUUCAUAGUCAAAAGACCGCGAAUCGAUGGACGAAUCGGAAUGGAAUUGGAUGAGGAAGUUGACAGAGAGCCAGUUGUUGAGGAGGAAAAAAUCGACGAAGCAAUCGAUCCACAAAUUGAACAGAACGACGAAAUUGCAGGAGCAGUUGAAACACCACAAGAAGUGGAAACAAAUGAUAAUGAGUGCCUUGUUUCAACACAGACAAUAACAAUUCAAACAGCUAUUGUUGACGUCGACACCACUCCAGUUGAUCCAGUAGUUGACUUUAAAUGGACAAAGAAAAGAUGCAGCCGAAGACUUACCCGUCCUUCUCCAGGUGAUAAACAAGCUGAAGACGCUGGCAGACAGCAGACGAAAGCAACUUCUACCCGAUCUUCCAUUUUGGCUUCAGCUUUGACUAGGCCGGCUCCGGCUUCAGUAAAGAAGGCAAGAAUGCAAGCGCUCACAUCAGCACAAGAUGCAGAAAAGCCAACCAAAGGCAGCACCGACGUCAUGAAUCAAAGUAGUGGCACCGCACCACGACCGUGUGCUCCAAAAACCAAUCUGAGAUCAAGCAUUGCACCGACUCAAAAAACACUCAUUGUGAAUGGAAUAAAGCGAUACAAAUGUGACGAAUGCGACUACAGUAACAGCAGAAGAGAUAGAAUAUCGUUGCAUAUGUUGGAGCAUAAAGAGAAGCCAUUCCGCUGUAAAUUGUGUCCAAAGAAAUUCGCCGAACAGGAUCUUCUUGACAUUCAUUUGAAAGUUCAUCAGAAUAAAUGUUCGCGAUGCAAAAAAAAAUUUGCCGACAAAGUAAAAUGUGAACUCCAUGAAAGAAAUUGCACUUUAUUACGAUAUGAAUGCUAUUUAUGUAAAUAUCAAAACAGGGAGAGAUAUGUUUUGGUACAACACAUGCUUAAGCAUACCGGCGAUCAGCCUUACCAUUGUGAACUAUGCCCCAAUAAGUAUACGAGAAAAAAGAACUUACGAAAACAUGUGAAAUCAUUUCAUGUUAAAAAAAUAAAAUUGAUAUAACCAGAAAAUAAAUUGGAUCAAGAAAAAUAUUGAAUUGAUGUAAAAAAAAAAUUGACGCAUAAAAGAAAAUAAAAACAUAAAUCAAAUGUCAUUCAUUUCCCAAACGCAA